AUGACUGUCCAAACUAAGUUCUCCAAAUUGGUUAGAGAAGAACCAGACCCAAUUAUCAAAACCAUGAACCUCUAUGCCGCCGACCCAAACCCACAAAAGAUCGAUGUUUCUAUCGGGGUUUACAAAGAUCCAAACGGAGGAUCAUAUCUCUUCCCCUCCAUCGCUAAGGCCAAGAAACAUCUCCAUGCCAACGACCCUGGCCACAAUUAUACCAACAUGUCCGGUAUUCCAGCAUUCACUAAAGGUGCCCAACGUGUCAUCUUUGGAGAGGAGAUUGCUAGUGAAGGUAAAAUCGCUUCGCUUCAAACCAUUUCCGGAACUGGAGCUAUUCAUAUGGCACUUUUGUUAUACAGAGAAGCAGGCUAUACACAAUACUAUGUUGGAGAACCUUCUUGGUCAAACUACAUUCCUAUGAUUCAAUGUAUCGGUGGGACUGUAUCCACUUAUAGACAUUAUGAUGAAUCUUCUAAAUCGGUUGAUUUUGAAAGUGUAAGAAAGGCAUUAAAGACGGCACCUGCCAAGACAAUUUUCUUGUUCCAAACUUGUUGUCAUAACCCAACCGGGGCUGAUUUCACCCAAGAACAAUGGAUUGAGAUUGUUGAAAUCAUGAAAGAUCGUGAUUUGUUACCAUUAUUGGAUACCGCCUAUCAAGGUUUCAGUUCCGGUGACAAGGAUGUCGAUGCUUGGCCAAUUAGACAUUUCUACAAACAAGGAAUGGAAUUUGUUGUUUGUGAAUCCUUUUCUAAGAAUAUGGGAUUAUACAGUGAAAGAGUUGGUUGUACCCAUGUGGUUGUUCAAGAUAAGGAGUAUGUCAUGAAUGCUCAAUCUACAUUAACUGCGUUAUUUAGACAAGAGUGUUCAUUUGCCCCUGCAUAUGGUGCAAGAUUGGCUGCAACUAUUUUUGAAGACCAAGAAUUAUAUAAGGUAUGGAAUGAAGAUGUUGCUGAAAUUACCAGAAGAUUGAAAACUGUUAGACAAUUGGUGUUGGAAAAGUUAACUAAGUUGGGUACUCCAGGUGACUGGACAAAUGUUGUUAAACAAACUGGGUUGUUUUGGUAUAGUGGAUUAACCCCAGCUCAAAAUGAUAGAUUAAUUUCUAAGCAUAAUGUUUACUCUACAAACAUUGGACGUGUUAACAUUGCCGGAUUGAACGAAGAGAAUGUUGAUUAUUUCUGUAGAGCUAUCGAUGAAGUUGUCAGAUCAACAAAUUGA